AUGGCGCCUGGCUUCUGUCACCAAUGCUCCAAGGACGUCGAGGCAGAGGCGACCGAGUCGGGCGACUUUCGCUGCCCGGAGUGCAACACGACGGGCUACGUCGAGUGUGGCGAGCGUAGCACGGAGCCAGGAACUCCUGGUGGCAACCCUCGGGCCGCGAUGCCACCCUUGUUCCGCAACGGCGAAACCAUGGUGUCGGCAUUUGGCCACUUCCUGCAGGGCAUGGUAGGUGCGCUGGACCAACCGCAGGGCUCGCGGGGAAUCGAUGGCCUGCAGCAGCCAGGAGUUUUCUGGGGGCGGUUGUCCGGAGCUAAGUACCUGGCUGGUGCCGAAUAUUCCGGCAACCGACACAGUUGUUGA